AUGGGUGGACUUGAUUUUGUUAGGACAAUCAUUGCAAGAAUAGUUUUUGAACCUGUGCUUCCGAUGUCCCGAAAGUUUAAUGAAAUGAAUGCACAGUACAUAACGCGUCUGAAAGAGGGUAUUCGAGAAUUCAUGCUCAGUUCAGAUAACCAUGGACAAAUACUUGCUUUUCAAAAGGUUUUGAUGAACAGGUCUGAUAUAACCUUGGAUGUUCUAGUGAAGUGUCAUCGAGUGCAACUGGAAAUUUUGGUUGCUUUAAAAACAGGUUUAACCCAUUAUCUUCACCUAGAUGAUAAUAACAUUUCAUCGUCUGAUUUAGCUCAAGUAUUUCUAAGCUUGAAGUGUAGGAAUGUUACAUGUCAAAGUCAGUUGCCUGUCGAUGAAUGUGAUUGCAAGGUUUGUGUGCAGAAGAAUGGUUUUUGCAGGGAAUGUAUGUGUCUUGUGUGUUCUAAGUUUGACAACGCGUCAAACACAUGUAGUUGGGUUGGGUGUGAUGUUUGUCUUCACUGGUGUCACACUGAUUGUGGAUUACGAGAAUCUUAUAUCAGAAAUGGGCAUACUACUGGAACUAAAGGGACGACUGAGAUGCAGUUUCACUGCAUUGCUUGUGAUCACCCUUCCGAGAUGUUUGGCUUUGUCAAAAAGGUGUUUCAAAGUUUUUCAAAAGAGUGGUCAGCCGAAUCUCUUCGCAAGGAACUAGAAUAUGUGAAAAGGAUCUUUUCUGCUAGCAAGGAUAUAAGAGGGAGGCAGUUGCACGAGAUUGCAGAUCAAAUACUGCCGAGGCUGACUAAGUCUAACCUUCCUGAGGUUCUGAGACACAUCAUGUCUUUCCUUUCUGAUUGUGAUUCUUCCAAAUUAACCAUGACAACAAACUUUUCUGGGAAGGAACAAGUCAAAGAAAACAAUGGGGUAGCUGGGCCCAGCCAGGAAGCUGCUUGGCUGAAAUCUAUUUAUUCAGAAAAGCCACCACUAUUAGAAAGACCUCCAAACGUCCUUCCAAGAUUUGACCAGAAUGAUAAAAGGACACUGGUGCAGGAGUUGCAGAUGAGUAGUGUUCAAAAGGACUUUGGUUUUGAUGAAUUGGAAAGUAUAGUAAAAAUCAAACAUGCAGAGGCUAAAAUGUUUCAAUCUCGUGCUAAUGAUGCAAGGAGAGAAGCCGAAGGGUUGAAACGCAUUGCCCUUGCAAAGAGUGAGAAAAUUGAAGAAGAGUAUACCAGUCGACUUGCCAAAUUGCGGUUCACUGAGACGGAUGAGUUGCGUAAACAAAAGAUUGAAGAACUCCAAGCAUUGGAGAGGGCACAUCUGGAGUAUUUGAACAUGAAAAGGAGAAUGGAGUCAGAGAUUAAAAAUCUGUUAUCCAAAAUGGAAGCUACUAAAAUGAAACUUGCUAUGUGA